AUGGCGGAGGAGCAGCGGGCGCUGCUGGGCGCCGAUGGCGCCGAUGGCGGCGGCGGCUCCCCGGGCCCUCCCCGCGCCCUGCCCGCCGCCUGCGACCCCCGCCGCCUCCCGCACCGCCUGCUCGUCCUGGCCCUCAUGUGCUUCCUGGGAUUCGGCAGCUACUUCUGCUACGACAACCCGGCCGCUCUGCAAACGCAGGUUCAGCGGGACAUGAAGGUGAACACGGCCCAGUUCAUGGCUCUCUACGCCUGGUACUCCUGGCCCAACGUGGUGCUCUGCUUCUUCGGGGGCUUCCUGAUCGACAGAGUCUUCGGGAUCCGGUUGGGCACUGUGAUUUUCAGCAUCUUUGUGUGUGUGGGGCAGGUGGUUUUUGCUCUGGGAGCACUGUUCAAUACGUUCUGGCUGAUGGAAGUGGGCAGGUUCAUAUUCGGGAUUGGUGGCGAGUCCUUGGCGGUGGCCCAGAACACCUAUGCAGUGAGCUGGUUCAAGGGCAAGGAGCUGAACCUGGUGUUUGGAUUGCAGCUCAGCAUGGCCAGGAUUGGGAGCACGGUGAACAUGAAUAUUAUGGGAUGGAUCUACUCCAGAGUUCAGGAUCUCCUGGGCUACGCUGGUCCCAGCACCCUCGGCCUGGCUCUGCUCAUAGGUGGGGUCACCUGUCUCUUCUCACUGAGCUGUGCUUUAAUCCUGGCUUACCUGGACAGGAGAGCAGAGAAACUGCUUUGUAAAGAGCAAGGGAAAACAGGAGAAGUGAUCAAGCUGACAGAUGUGAAGGAUUUCUCCCUGUCCUUGUGGCUCAUCUUUGUCAUCUGUGUCUGUUACUACGCUGCAGUUUUCCCUUUCAUUGGCCUUGGGAAGGUUUUCUUUAUUGAAAAAUUCCGAUUUUCCCCUCAAGAAGCCAGUGCAAUUAACAGCAUCGUGUACAUCAUCUCAGCCCCCAUGUCCCCAGUGUUUGGCCUGCUGGUGGAUAAAGUUGGCAAGAACAUCAUCUGGGUGCUGUGUGCUGUGGUCACCACGCUGGCCUCACACAUCAUGCUGGCCUUCACCUUCUGGAACCCCUGGAUAGCCAUGUGCCUGCUGGGGGUGGCCUAUUCCCUGCUGGCCUGUGCCCUGUGGCCCAUGGUGGCCUUUGUCGUCCCCGAGCACCAGCUGGGAACUGCCUAUGGCUUCAUGCAGUCCAUCCAGAACCUGGGCCUGGCAGUGAUUGCCAUAGCAGCUGGCAUGAUCCUGGACACCAGGGGAUACCUGUUCCUGGAGGUCUUCUUCAGUGCCUGUGUUUGCUUGUCACUGAUAGCUGUGGUCAUGCUGUACUUUGUGAACCACCUCACAGGUGGUGAUCUCAACUGGUCUGCAAGGAAAAGGGCAAAACUGCAAAAAGCAGCUGCUUCUGAAAAGGAAAGUUGAGUAGCAAAGCCCAUCCCAGGUGGGAGCUCCAGCACCUCCCCAGCUGCCAGAAGCAGAGUUUAGGUUGCUCUGUAGCUCUCUGGAAGAUCCUGGGGGUUCCAGCACUGCCUCAGCUCCUGCUUUGUCCUAACAAUGCCAAAAUUCCUUUUCUGCUGGGCUGAGGGCCUGGCUGAGCUCUGCCACCCCACAGACACCUGGGGUGAAGCUGAGCUCAGACCCCUGUGCUCACAGGGUGGAGCUUUCUGAUCCAAAAGCAUUUUUGUGUUCUCACCCAGAGCUCCCAUCAGCUCACUGCUGCUGCUUCUGUCACUGUCUCAAUGCAAAAACCACUUUUUAAAUGUAUUUACAGCUUUGGGUUUGUGUCCUUUCAACACAAUGCAAAAAGAGCCACAGAUGCUCAAAGGGAUUUUUUUUUUUUUUGGUAGAUUUCUGAACUCUGAGACUGCUGAGCAGUCUUUUAUUGCCUUCUCGAUUCUCUUUGUAUUGUAAUGUUUCUUUUGAGGAUGAAAGUUUGUUUCAUGGAUACAGAAGUUGUUACAGAAGCUCCCUGAGCACGUUGUAAUCUGGGAAAAACCAGAAGGUUUUCUCUUUCCUACUGAAAUCUUGGAAUGAAAUAAAAGGAACCUGCAGAAA